AUGGCCAACCAGCGGUGGCUCUUUCAUGGUCUAAUCCUAACCAUAUGGAGCUCAACCUUUCCGACCAUCCACGCCAUGCCACCAAUGCCCCCGGUCCGGUGCAAUGACACCGGUUGCAUCCUCUACAACUCCUAUGGUGUAUGGGGCGACCGGAAAGAUUGUCAUGUUCCUAGCAUCAUAUCUCCAACAACAGAAGAAGAACUUCGCCUAGCAGUGGCCAAUGCAAAUAAGAACAAGCUUAAGGUAAAAGUGGUGUCCAAAUUUUCACAUACCAUACCAAAGUUAGCUUGUCCUGGGACUGGGACACAGUCUGGAAAUUCUAUCCUUAUAAGUACAGAGAAAUAUGACUCCACCAUCGACAUCCACGCAGCCAGACUGGCCGUCACGGUGGAUGCCGGAGUUGGUCUCCGGGACCUCAUCGAUAAAGUGGAGGAAGCAGGAUUGAGUUUGGUGGCUUCACCAUAUUGGGAAGGUGUUAGUGUUGGUGGAAUGAUAAGCACUGGGGCACAUGGGAGCUCAUGGUGGGAUAAAGGUGGGGCAGUUCAUGAUCAUGUGGUUGGACUCAGCCUUGUGGUUCCUGCCAGGGAAUUUGAAGGGUAUGCCAAAAUCAUCACUUUAAAUGCUCAGGACCCACUGUUCAAUGCAGCAAAAGUUUCACUUGGAAUGUUGGGUGUCAUCUCUAAGGUGACACUCUCACUGGAGCGAGGAUUCAAAAGGAGCAUAACCUAUAAUUUCACAGAUGAUGACCAUAUUGAAGAUGACUUCAUGGACCAUGCAAAGAAACAUGAAUUUGGUGAUAUUCAAUGGUAUCCAUCAAAACAUACAGCUGUGUACAGGUAUGAUGAUAGGGUUCCAUUAAACACAACUGGGGAUGGGGUAAAUGACUUCCUAGGCUUCCAAUCCAAUUCUAUUCUGGUGUCCACAUCAGUUAGAGCAGCAGAGAAAGCAUUUGAGAAUGAGAGAUAUGUAGAUGGAAAAUGCACACUAGCAGCUUCAUUCUUGGGGUACAAGAAGCUAAUAGCAAACGGAUUAAAGAACAACCUAAUCUUCACUGGCUAUCCAGUUGUGGGUCAUCAGGGAAAAAUGCAAACUUCUGGGUCUUGUUUAUAUUCACCAGCAAUAAGCAUAGGCAGCACAUGUGCUUGGGAUCCAAGAAUCAAAGGACUCUUCUUCUAUGAAUCAACAGCAAUAUUUACAGCCACAAAAUUUGGCGAUUUUAUACGCGAGGUGAAAAAACUACGUGACUUGAAGCCAGAGAAUUUCUGUGGGGUGGACAUAUAUAAUGGUUUUCUAAUACGUUUCAUUAAGGCGUCCGGGGCAUAUUUAGGUCAAUCCUCAGACUCUAUAGUGGUGGAUUUCAAUUAUUAUCGAGCUGAUGAGGCCUCGACUCCAAGACUCAACCAAGACGUAUGGGAAGAAGUCGAGCAAAUGGCAUUUUUCAAGCAUGGAGCAAAGCCACAUUGGGCUAAGAAUAGGAACUUGGCAUUUUUGAAUGUGCAGAAGAAGUACUCAAAUUUUAACAAGUUUCUUGGGGCAAAGAAGCAAUUGGAUCCCCAAAAUAUUUUCUCUGGUGAAUGGUCUGAUGCAAUACUUUUGGGAAAGGAAGCGGAAAAAGGUGAUGGGUGUGCCUUGGAGGGACAAUGCAUAUGCUCAGAGGACAGACAUUGCAGCCCAAGCAAAGGGUAUUUUUGUCAACCAGGUCUUGUUUAUAAAGAAGCUCGAGUAUGUAGGUACUCCACUUCUACCACGAGCAGAUAGUAAACUGAUGGUGGUGUGAAAAAUAGAUUUCAGCGAAUUACACUCUUGACUUCUUCAAAUGUAUUCAUGUAUCACAUUGUCUCAAAUUGUUUCAAUUACACACGUCUGUUCUAAUUUACAUGGAAAGUUGUGUUAUUUUAAUAUCCAAAUUACGUGAUUUUGUACCAUUAUCUGGUUGUUUU